GGGAUCCAUGUGGUUAGGGUUUAGGGUUUUAGAGUGGGAGAAAAAAUUAGCAGAAAUUUCCUCUCUCUCUCUCAUGGGCAGUGGGCUUGUUAAAUGAAUGUGAGCACACUCUGUUUGGGCAAUCACUGUUUCCUCCUCACCAAACCAGUAGAGCACCAAUUCUCUUUUCAGACAAGGGAAGGGCAGAGCACACUCCCUCCUCCCCUUUAAUUUCUUCUCUUCCUCUUUCCUCUUUCUCUGCCUUUUCUUUUCAGAGAGAAGAGAGAGAGAGUGAGUCCCAACAAUUUCCCUUUACUGCACCACUCAGGCCCCUCCGUCUGAGCAUCGCCUUUGCCUCUUUCUUCUUCUUUUUGCCGUUUCUUUUUCAUUUGAUUCCCCAUAGGAGACCAUACCCACCCUUCCUCGCUUAUUUAAGUUUCACGUAUAAAUAAGGCCCCUCCGGACAAACGGAACUCAUGAGAAUUUCUUAUGCUUCUGCUCGCUGAUCCCUCAAAGGAGAGAAGCAAGAAAAUGGUGGGUUAUGCGUCUGGGAAUUCAUCUCCCAAUCCCCUGUGGUUGGACACUCUCCUCUCGGAGAAGUUCUUUGUCCCCUGCCCUCUUCACGAGGCAGCAAAGAAGAAUGAGAAGAACAUCUUCUGCUUGGAUUGCUGCACUAGCAUCUGCCCUCACUGCCUGUCUCCUCACCGAUGCCAUCGCCUUCUCCAGGUUCGCCGGUACGUUUAUCAUGAUGUUAUUCGGCUGGACGAUUUGGAGAAGCUCAUCGAUUGCGCCUAUGUUCAGGCUUACACCACCAACAGCGCCAAGGUUGUGUUCUUGAACCAGAGGCCUCAAUCCCGACCGUUCAGGGGCUCCGGUAACAUGUGUAGUACGUGCGAUCGGAGCCUGCAAGAGCCCUUCCUGUUUUGCUCCCUAGCAUGCAAGGUGCACCAUCUUCUGAGGAGCGAAGGCUCGUUGUCGAAGUAUCUGUACGACUGCGAUUACCUGCCUCUGCAGGAAGGUUUCAGGGGCGAGGGUGAUGACCUUGACGACGGCCAGAUGACGCCGGACUCGGUGCUUGACACGCCGGUUUCCUUCCAGAUGCCGCCGGCCUUCGUUUGCGAGUCGGAACUCGUGAGGAAAAAGAGGACCAGCGUGUCUGUCUCCCGGCCGUACCGUACCUGCUCCCCGGCAACGGAGAUGGUCGCCAGCAUAAUCAAUAAUCGGAGGAAGGGCGUCCCACAGAGAUCCCCACUCUACUGAUCGCCCUCUCUCUCUUCCUUUCCAUUCUUUUUUGCUCAAGCUCGCCGGAUUUCUUCGCCCUUUAGACUUCGCUGUUUUGGCGGGCCCUCGUUUUCUCUCUACCAACUCUCUCUUCCUCCCCCCUCUCUCUCUGCGGCGUAUAUUUUUUUAUUUUUACUUUUUACCGUUUCACUGUGAAUUAUGGACGAUGGUGUUGAUGUAUGGGAUCGUUUAGGGGGUUAUGGUGCGGCUGAAAACCGCCCAAUUUUGUAGAGAAAUUAUUGUUAUUGUUUGUUAAGAUGUUCCAAAAACUAAAUUCCUAAUUUUAUCUGCAA